AAGCCGUCGUUACCACACGUGUGCGACAACUCUACACCCGGCGAGCGCGAACAAAACAAAAACGUGACUGAGUGACAGAACAUUUUUAUAUUUUCUUACAAAAAAAAAAAAAAACUGACAGUAUUUAGUGAGAUGGCUUCGGCGAAGACGCGAAAAUGGUCAGACUUCCUCACAUGCAGCCGAAUCCUCAACAUCAUGGUCAUUCUCGGCUUCAUGUUCAACUACAUGCUCCGCGUCAACCUGACCAUCGCCGUCGUCGCCAUGGUCCGAAGAGAAAACGACACAAACACCUCGGACACCUUCGACUGGACCGAGCACCAGAAGAACGACAUCCUGGGGAGCUUCUUCUGGGGCUACGUGCUGACCGAGCUCCCCGGCGGCCGCCUGGCCGAGGUGGUGGGCGCGCGCCGCGUCUUCGGGGGCGGCAUGCUGGUGGCCAGCGUGCUCACGGUGCUGACGCCCGCCGCCUGCUACGCCAACUACUACGUGGUGCUGGUGCUGCGGGCGCUGCUGGGGUUCUUCCUGGGGGCCACCUGGCCGGCGAUCUUGCCCAUGGCGGCGAAGUGGGUUCCGCCCAUGGAGCGGUCCAAGUUCAUCGCCAACAUGAUGGCCAGCUCGCUGGGGGCGGCGCUCACGAUGCCCGUGUGCGGGCUGCUGAUCUCGGCGGUGGGGUGGGCGAGCGUGUUCUACGUGACGGGGGCGGUGGGGCUGGUGUGGUCGGUGGGGUGGUUCUUCUUGGUGUAUGAUUCGCCGGCGCAGCAUCCAAGAAUCUCCAUCGAGGAAAAAAUCGAAAUCGAAACUAAAAUCGCCGAAGGGUCUGGCGGCAAGGGCGUUAAACCCAGCCACGUCCCUUGGUUGAAAAUCCUGACGUCAGGACCCGUAUGGGCCAUUAUAAUAACCCACGGCUGCUCGGUUUUUUGUUACUUUACGGUCGUCAACCAGCUACCUUCCUACAUGGACCACGUGCUACACUUCAACAUCAAGAAGAAUGGGGUAUUGUCCAGCUUACCCUAUCUCGGCAAGUACGCCAUGGCCGUCAUCGCCAGCUACCUCGCCGACCGCCUCCGCCGCUCCGGCCGCCUCUCCACCACCGUGACCCGCAAGGCCUUCACCACGUUCGCCGUCCUCACGCCCGCCUUCCUCAUGAUAGUGGAGGCCUUCCUCGGCCAGGACCCCGUCGUCACGGUGGUGGUGUUCACGGCGUCGCUGUUCUUCAACGGCGCCGUCACCGCCGGCUACCUCUCCAACGGCCUGGACAUCGCGCCCAACUUCUCGGGCACCAUCUUCGGCAUGGCCAACACGCUCUCCUCGUUCGGGGGCUGGCUGUCCACGAAGAUCGUGGCCAUCCUGACGGAGGAGGAACAGACGUUCGAGCAGUGGCGGUACGUGUUCUGGAUCCUGGUGGGGGCGUACGCGGGCGGGGCGGCGGUGUAUCUGCUGCUGGGCAGCGGGGAGCUGCAGAGGUGGAACUCGGCGACGGAGGAGGAGGCCAACGGGAAGGAGAUGCAGCCGCUGAAGAAGGAGAAGGAGAUCAUCGCGUGAGGGCGAAGGGGGCGGGGGGCGGGGGUGUAUUUGUAUAUAUUGUGAUCGAUUUUUUUAAUAAAAUGACGUACCGAA